CUUAGAAGUCAGUCGGCUAACGCCAUUGGAAUAACGCGGAACUAUUAACUACUAUAGUUCGAGAACUCGGAAGUAAUUUCUAUCUUCUGUACCAAUUUUCCAGUGUUCUUCUGACUUGAUUGAAAAAUUGUGCGAUUUUUCAAAUGUAAUGAAAUGUAAAGUAUCCUGCAGUUCAUGAUUGGUGUGUCAUACAUAAGUAUAAAGCAAAGAAGGGAAAGGAUCUGCAAAUUUGAUAAGGCGCCGAAAUUUUAAUGUAAGGUAGAGAAAAAAAAUCGUUUUCAAAGUCAGUUCUGUUUCUACUGCCGUUACCACCGCCAAUGCGUAAUGAACCUGCAAACAAACAAAUACAAAUUUGCAUACAAUUAUAUACUCGUUUAAACAACUAUAUAUAUGUGUAUGUAUGUACAUAUGUAUAGCAUAGCGACACAUAAAACAAAAUACAACAAAAGUGUUAAAAGUGUAAUGUGAUUAAGAAAUAUUCAACGCAAUGAACUGACAAUUAAAUUCAAUUAAAAGUGCAAAUAUUCUGUUAAAUUCUGAACAACUGUGAUCAUACGUAAGAAAUACAAUAAUAGCAAUAAAAAAGAAAUAGUGUAAAUAAAAGUGUAAUAAAAAAUAAAAUUUAAAAAAUUUCUAACAUCGAGUACAUCAAAAAAUCAACGCUAAAAUGACGCUAGAACCACAGGGUAAGCUGCUGAAAGAGCGCGUCAAACCCAUUGAUAUACAAUUUAAGGAUCUUAGCUAUCAAGUAACCGUGCAAAAAGCGAAAAAAACCGUACUGAAAGCCAUUUCUGGUACUUUCCGCUCUGGCCAAUUGACUGCUAUUAUGGGCCCCUCAGGGGCGGGUAAAUCGAGUUUGAUGAAUAUUCUAACAGGUCUCACUAAAAUUGGCGUUAGUGGUACAAUAAACUUCGGUGACACACCCACCAAGUCUCGCAAACUUUGUUGUUACAUAAUGCAAGAUGAUCAUUUCCAUUCGUGGUUCACGGUCGAGGAGACAAUGCUGCUGGCGGCACAAUUGAAAAUAUCUAAUGCCUCUAUGAAUAUGAAGGAGAAGAAAGUACUGAUCGAACAUUUAUUGGACACCCUGAGGCUAUCACAAUCUAAAUAUACUCGCGCUGGAAAUUUGUCUGGAGGCCAGAAAAAACGUUUAUCAAUUGCAUUAGAAUUAAUUGAUAACCCAGCUGUGCUAUUUUUGGAUGAACCAACAACCGGCUUGGACAGCUCAGCUUCUGCCGAUACCAUACAGCUACUUCAAACACUGGCCAAUGAAGGCCGUACAAUCGUUUGCACUAUACACCAGCCUUCGUCACAUAUUUACAGUUUAUUUAACCAAAUUUAUGUGCUGAGUCAAGGGUAUUGUACGUAUCAGGGAACGCCGCUGAAUACAAUUAACUUUCUGAAAACGAUCGGUUUGGAGUGCCCAACAUAUCAUAACCCAGCAGAUUUCUUGUUGGAAUGCGUCAAUGGGGAUUAUGGUGAUCACAUCGAUGAAUUGGCAAUCGCCGCCAGACAAUGCAAAUGGCUCUAUGAUUACGAUACGGAUCCACAACAGUUAGACGGCUUAGAUGGUGUACAAAUUGUCAAACUGUCAGAAUCCCAGCGAGUAGCGGAAAAGUCACGCUCACCAUCGAUAGUGGUUGCUACAAAACCUUUGGUUGUUACUAAACAUGUUUACCCGCCGCCCGAAUGGGUGCGCCUAUGGCUGUUGAUUGAUCGUUGUCAUGUGCAGAUCUUUAGAGAUUGGACGAUGACCUAUUUAAAACUGGUUAUACAUAUUGUAUGUGCAGUUCUGAUAGGCCUUUUAUAUGGCGACUCUGGUUCAAAUGCGACUAAACAGAUAGCAAAUUUAGGUUCAUUUACAAUACACAAUACAUAUCUAUGGUACACGACUAUGAUGCCGAGCCUACUGAGAUUGCCCCAAGAAAUCAACAUAGUCAAAAAGGAAACAUUCAAUAAUUGGUACAAAUUAAGAACCUAUUAUAUGGCAACUCUAAUAUCGUCUACGCCAGUGCAUAUCAUAUUCUCAACGGCGUACAUCACAAUCGCCUACUUUAUGACUGAACAGCCAUACGAAAUUGAACGGUAUGUGAAAUUUUUGCUGUCGGCGGUGGUGGUAACGAUAUGUGCUGAUGGAUUCGGUGUGCUGAUCGGCACUAUAUUAAAUCCCACGAAUGGCACAUUUUUUGGCGCUGUAUUGAGCAGCUUCAUGUUGAUAUUUUCCGGAUUUCUCAUACUACUCACGCACAUGUCCCGCUUUAUGCGUAUGCUUUCGUAUUUUUCGCCGAUUCGUUAUGCCCUGGAGGGUAUGGUAUUGGCGAUAUAUUCGAAUAACAGAGGGAAUAUUGUGUGCCCAAUAGAUGUCAUGUAUUGCCAUUUCAAAAACGCCAACACAGUGCUACGCAGUUUCGGCAUGGAGAACGGAAAUUUCGGAAUGAAUAUAUUGGCUAUGAUUUUGCAGUUGUCGGUUUUUAAAGGAUUAGCUUACAUUAUGCUUAAGCGUAAGGUUCGAACGUAAACUUUGUUUUUAUGUAUUGUAUAUGCUGUGGAAUUAUAAAAGAAAAAAUUACAUGUUUAAGAGCAUACAUAUGUACAUAAAUAUAUCAAUUUAUUUUAUGGAACAUAUAUAGAUACGUUAUCGGGGUCUUAUGUAAGGUUUAAAAUUAGUAAAGUUAAUUAAGUAAUAUUUAAGAAGUCAAAAUAACGUCAAUAUAUGUAAAAAAUAUUGUCGAACUAGCCAAAAAUUAGUUAAAACUUGAAACGAUAUUCUAAAAAAUGGUGCCUGUGGGAAAUAUACAACUCAUAUUCCAAGCCAAUCAGAUAAACUUACGCACAUAUGCAAUACAAACAACAUGCAUUAUUAACUAUUUAGUAGCUAAAACUGCAUCAAAAGCUUUUAAACUCAUAUUGUUAUAAAUAUUUACAAAUGCACUAAAUACUUAAAUAAUAUGAACGACACAAAACAUAUAUGUGAUAAUAUUAUAGUUCUUAAAUUUACGUCAAAGUUAAGUUAAAUAAAUUUUUACAAAUAUACUUACAUAUAUUUAUAACAUUUACCCAACGUACCAACGUAAAUAUUGAAUAAGAAUAAAGAGAGAGAAAAAUUAUCGUGCUUAACACAAGCAUACAAGCGCACGGGUUUCUAUCUGAACAGCGAAAGGUUAUUUAGAUUGGUUCUAGUUUACGUGAUAUUUAUUAAAUUAAUUUUUUUUCUCUCCAUUUUAAUAUUUUCCACAAUUAAAUGCUAUUUUGUUCAAUAAAAGGAUGUGAAUCCCAAAAGCAGUGCUGUUGAGCAAAUUCGUUGCUUGUUCUAUCGCUCUUCAUAAUUUUCUCGCUCUCAAAUCAUUGGUGUAGUUUUUCGAUUUUCACCAAAAUAUCGCACUCGUUGGUUGAUCGGCAAACAAAAUUUUAAAGGAAAAAGCGGACGGAAAAGUAGGAAAUAUUAUACACUUUGAGUGGCAUUCAAAGGCAAACUAAUGAAAAAUAUUAUACUUUGUUUUUAAAAUAGCUGCCAAGAUGAAAAUGUGUCCCGUCAUGAACUUCUGUUCAAUAAAUAAUCGUACAUUUUGCAAAACCACAGCUGGGCCUUUUAGUUAAAGUUAGUUUUCUAUUUUCAAUUAUAAAGCGAUGCAUUUCGUGUAGCGUUUUUUUUAUCAAAAAAGUUCUGUGCGUGAGGCAAAUAAUUUGUUAUCAAGUUUUGGUGUUCAUGUAGCCAAAAAACUUGCAAAGUAGGGGAAAGUGAGAGAGCAAAAUGACAUUUCAUUUUGAGGGGAAGUCACAAGUUUUUACUGGAUCGAUUUUUACUUGUACGAAUUUGCAAAUGAGAAAAGGAACUGAUCCUAAGUAAAAAUUAACACGAAUUAAAAUUUGCGAAUAGGACCAAAGUUUUAAUUUUCAAAAAUAUGGUGACUCAAAUGGAGAGUUUAAGUAAAUAGAUAUUAAAGCAGACACAAUUUAUAAAGUUUAUUUGAAGUCAUAUAUAAUAUUAAAUAAGAAUCGGCCAAUGAUAUGGAGGUGCGUGCUGUCUAGCCACGGCCUCAAGCCUCCAAUGCUGCAGUUUCCGAAAUACAAAUGAAAAGCAUUGAAAGUAUCUUUUUGCGAUUUAUGCUUGUUCUUCUUGCAAUAUAUUUAUAUAUGUACAUACAUACAUAGACGGAACCAAGGAAUAUAUGAAGACAGCUGUGAUGACGAUAACACUAAAAUUGUUAAUGAAAUGUUCUUCAUCUGACAGCGGUAAUGAAAUGGAACAAAUUAUUGUGGGCAAAAGUAAAAUCAUGCCAUGCUAAGCUCGUUAUUUUGCAUCGCAUCUGCUUUAUUACUAUUUUUUAAUUUAAUACGAGGUAGCUCAACUGAUCAACAAUUUAAUCAAUUGUUCGUACGACUUGCAAAUUGUUAGUGGUUUUACAUUCAUGUACUUUUUUUUUGAAAUUUUUCUCUUUGACAGCGGAUUCUCGUAAAUUAAUUUACUUGCAAGUUACUGGAUAAUUUUUACAUGAACAGCCCUAAUAAUAGUCUGUGUCAAAAAAACUUCUGGCAAAAAAAACCUGUCGGUCGCCUACAUUUAACUUUUUUUAGUUUACGUGGGUCGUUUAUUUUUUAAUAGCAGUUCUGAAAACAUUCCUUCAUUGAUUUUUGCGUAGCCAAAUUAGAAAAUAACUUGAUUAAGUACUUAAAAGUCGAUCCUUUGUGGUUGAGUGCUUUGAUAGAAUUAUUAAUAAGAUUAAGUUCUAUGUGCAGAGAUUGGUGGAAAUGUUCUGCAGGUUCAUAGAUCUGAGUCGAAAUUUAAAUAAAAGAACGUGCGCUUCUUCGACUCAGAUUUAUGAACCUGCCGAACAUUUCCACCAAUCUCUGCACACAGAACUUAAUCUUAUUAAUAAUUCUAUCAAAGCACUCAACCACAAAGGAUCGACUUUUAAGUACUUAAUCAAGUUAUUUAAAUAAGUUUAAAUAAAGAACGUGCGCUUCUUCGACUCAGAUCUAUGAACCUGCAGAACAUUUCCACCAAUCUCUGCACACAUAACUUAAUCUUAUUAAUAAUUCUAUCAAAGCACUCAAUAAAGAAAAGAACGUCAUUUACAUUUUUGUUUCGAGUCCAUUUCAAGUCUUUUUCACUUAGUAAAAUUAAGUGUUUUUUUUUCAUUUUAUUUUUGCACCAUUGCUCAUAUACAGGGUUGGUUUGAACUCCGAUUAUACGUCAGGAGGACUUUUAUAUGAACGCAAUACGUCAAAAUGUGAAAGUUCGAAAGAAACUUGUAAACUAGAACCAAUGAUGAGAAAUUAACUUUCAGCGUAUCAAAUUACGGCAUUCCCAAAUACUUAGAUAUAAAAGUUGCCCGUGCUUUGAAGACUUGUGUCGUUUGUGUGAUAAGACGUUCGUGCCUAUAUACUUACUGCAUGCGUCUACUUCUACAUACACACAUAUUUAUAUACCAUAUGUAUGUAUGUGUUUAUGAAUACAUGUAGUAGAUAUACAUAGUUCUAAAUUAUAUGAAUGCAUUAAGGAUUUUUUCUUGAACAGAAGUGGAAAAAUGUGUUGCCUUAUUUAAAGAAAGUGAGUAGUUAUAGUUAAAUGAGUGUGAAAAUAUUGUUUAAUUAAAUUUUUUAUCUGCACUGAAAUGUUAAAUAAAAUUAGAAGAGUUAAAAAAAAUUGCAACUUAA